AUGGCCGACGCGCAGACUAGCAGCUCGUUUGCGAGUGCACUGACAGCAUGGAAGGACAUCAAGCUGCACGACCUCCAGCGCACAAUGGACGCGCAGGGGUUGGAGAUCGUCGAGGGACAGAAGGACAGCUUGGUUGGGCGGAAGAAGCUCGCGGAACAGACGAGGGAGUUCAAGAAGGUCCCGGACGAGGAGAAGGGUCCAGUCUUCAAGACGCUCCUCAAGGCCUAUCAGACCGAGAUCGACAACCUGACGCGGCGGUCAAAGGUGGCGGAGAAUGCGUUUCUGAGUGUCUACAAGCUGUUGGCGGAGGCGCCAGAUCCGUUUCCUCUGCUCGAUGCGGCUGUGGACCAAACGGCUCGCGCGUCUGAGGCCAAGGUACUGGAGAUGGAACUUGCGCGCUCGAAAGACGAGAUCGCGUCUCUCAAGCAGCAGCUCGUCGAGUCGCAGUCGGUCGAGAAGGAGAAGAAGAAGUUGGCGGACAAGGUUGAGCGGCUUGAGGCGAAGAUGGAAGACAUGAUCCACGACCGGGUCUCGUCGAAGGAGGCAGAGCUACAUGCGACGUACGACGAGCGAUUGCGAAACUACGAGGAACGCGAGAAGGACCUGCAGCGCCAGGUCACGGUUGCCCGUUCGCAGCUUCGUGAGUUGCGAACGACAGCCGACACCAACCAAGCGCGUCUGUUCGACCACUCGCAGCGACAAGACCAGGAGACCGUCGCUCGACUUGCGGAAGCCGACCUCGUCGCGCAAGACCUUGAGCGCGCGAAUGCCCGUGUUGCGGAAGUUGAGCGGAGGAACGAGAAGCUGCGUGCGGAGAUCGAGGCGGUGCGAAGCGGGACUGAGACGGCCAGUCGCGUCGGUGUUCUGGAAGCGCAAGUCUCGGACCUCCAGACCGAAGCGACCCGCCUCAUCCGCUCGCUCGACUCGCAGAAGGAGGCUUUCGAAUCCGAGCGGUCUGAUCUGCAGAAGAAGGUCGGGCAGCUCGAGAAGGAUCAGGCGGCUAAGGCGCAGGAGAUUGAGACGCUCGGCGAGAAGGUGAAGCAGUUUGCGGACUACGACGAGAUCAAGCGCGAGCUCGAGAUCAUGAAGUACGUCGAGUUCGCCGGCAUGGACCUCGAUGACGUUCCGGGCGAGUCGGGAGACUCCGUCGCCGACCUUGUUCGACUUCCCGACCCGAACGCCGACAAAGCGAACCAGCACCGCGGAAAGCCCCUCGAGAACCUUCUCAUGGCGAAGAACCGCAAGCUUCAGGACGAGGUCACGUCGCUCCGAGUCGCGCACGACGAGCUCGUUUCGGCGCACGAGGGGAUGCUCGGCGAGUUCGAGCAGCUGCAGGCGCGUUGCGAGGAGCAGAAACAGCUCGUGGACAGGCUGGAGAACGAUCUCGUCAGGAUCAACGAGUCGCGGGCGGGAGGCGGGGCGGCGGGACAGGGAGGGCCAGACGCGCAUGCGAGGGAGGAUCCGUUGGCGGGACUGCAGCUUGGCAAGAAGGCGAGUCUGCUAGCGCAGGACGCCCCGCCAGUGCAGCCUCAUCCGUUCCAGAGCUCGGCGGAGACAUCCAUCUUGCCUAUCAUCACCUCGCAACGAGACCGCUUCCGUCAACGGAAUGGCGAGCUCGAGGAGGAGCUGCGACGGCAAUUCAACACGAUCACCGAGCUUCGAGGCGAGAUCAAGACGCUCCAGACCGACAACCUCAAGCUGUACGAGAAGGUGCGGUACCUUCAGUCGUACCGCGACGAGGGCAUGGCAGCGCGUCAGCAGGCCGGCUUCUCGAACGUCGUGCGUGGGGACGAGGAGCUGGGCAAAUACCACAACAAGUACGAGGAGAGCAUGAACCCGUUCGAGGCGUUCAAGGGACGAGAACGAGGCCGCGCGAUCCACGGUCUCAACCCGCUCGAAAAGGUCCUCCUCUCGCUCUCGACCGUCGUCCUCUCGAACCGCAUCACCCGCAACCUCUUUGUUCUCUACGCCUUCGGGCUGCAUUUCUUCGUCCUCUCGACGCUGUAUCACUACACGCAGUCGGCCGACAAGGCGUUGCCGGUCGUUCAGCCGCCGAUCUAG